AUGGCGCUAUCCUCUACUUCUACUUCUCUGCCUCUUCCUCCUUCAAUCUCCAUUGUUUCUGGGAGUAAGUGUCGCCUUUCCAUCCCCACUGCCCUCUUUAUUACGCCGAGUAAGUUCUCCGGUUUCCCUUCCCUGGAACUCUCUUUCGCUUCAAGACGUCAAAAAGCUUCUACGGCGGCCGUUCAUGCCAAAACGAAGUCCCCGGUGUUGCAUGCUGCAGUGGCAGCUGAAGAUGAAGACGAAGAAGAAGAUGGUGGAGGAGGAGGGAGGGGGAUGCCUGAAGAAGAAUUGGCUUCAGUAAACAUAGCAGAGGACGUCACACAGUUGAUUGGAGGUACGCCGAUGAUAUAUCUAAACAAAGUAACUGAGGGCUGUGUGGCCAAUGUGGCCGCAAAACUUGAAUCCAUGGAGCCUUGCAGGAGUGUCAAGGAUAGAAUUGGUCACAGUAUGAUUUGUGAAGCAGAGGAUAAAGGGAAGAUUUCCCCAGGAAAGAGUAUUCUUGUUGAACCGACAACUGGUAAUACUGGACUUGGUAUUGCAUUUGUUGCUGCAGCUAAGGGAUAUAAAGUUAUUGUUACUAUGCCUGCUUCAAUUGGUCUUGAGAGAAGGGUGCUUUUGCGAGCUUUUGGAGCAGAAAUAAUUUUGACCGAUCCAGAGAAAGGUCUGAAAGGUGCUGUUGAUAAAGCUGAAGAAAUUGCUAAAAGAACGCCUAAUGCAUACUUGUUUCGUCAGUUCGAUAAUUCAGCUAACGUAAAGAUUCACUAUGAAACUACAGGACCAGAGAUAUGGGAGGAUACUCUUGGCAAUGUUGAUAUGCUUGUUGCUGGAAUUGGCACAGGGGGCACAAUAACAGGGGCUGGCCGAUUCUUGAAAACAAUGAACAAAGAAAUUAAGGUAGUUGGUGUAGAGCCUGCUGAGAGGAGUGUAGUCUCAGGAGAAAACACAGGUUAUAUACCCAGUAUCCUGGAUGUUAAAUUGCUAGACGAGGUUAUCAAGAUCACAAAUGAUGAAGCAAUUCAUAUGGCAAGGAGAUUGGCCUUGGAAGAAGGCUUGCUGGUCGGGAUUUCAUCAGGAGCUGCUGCAGCGGCGGCUAUUGCUUUAGGAAGAAGGCCUGAGAAUAUUGGGAAACUUAUCACAGUAAUAUUUCCAAGCUUUGGCGAGAGAUACAUUUCUACGUCUCUUUUUCGCUCCACGCUAGAAGAAGUCGAGAACAUGCAGCCAACAUAG